AUGGUACGAACAACACCAGCUCUCGUCGCACCAAACCUCGAUGGUCACUUUAAACUCCAAGAAGUCCAUCUCAAUCCUCUCCAACCAGACGAGGCACUCGUGGAGAUUCAUGCGUCAGGGAUUUGUCACACAGAUCUUACUUGCGCAAGUGGGAAACUGCCAUGUGCACCGAAUGCCGUCCUUGGCCAUGAAGGCGGUGGUGUAGUUCUCGAAACAGGAUCCAACAUCACCAACGUUUCCAAAGGCGACAAAGUCCUAUUAUCAUUCUCAUCCUGCGGAACAUGCCCAGGCUGUGCAUCAAACCACCCAGCAUACUGCUACAAAUUCAACCUCUACAAUUUCGGCGGAAAGCGUCCAGAUGGCUCAGCGACUAUGUUCACCAUGAAAGAUGGCCAAAAGCAACCCAUGCACAGCACUUUCUUUGGUCAAAGCUCUUUUGCGAAAUAUACCAUUGUUCAUAGAACAAGUCUCGUCAAGGUUCCUCAAGAAACGCCACUUGAGCUUUUCGCGCCGCUGGGGUGUGGUAUACAGACUGGUGUGGGAGCGAUUUUCAAUACGCUUGAUGUCAAGCCUGGAAGUUCGGUUGCUGUGUAUGGAGUCGGUUCCGUCGGUUUGGCGGCUGUCAUGGCUGCCAAAGCGCGAGGAGCUGGGACGAUUAUUGCUAUUGAUCUUCAACAGAGUCGGCUUGAUCUUGCGAAAGAAUUAGGCGCGACGCAUGGGGUGUUGGGACCCGAUCCGAAGAAUAUCAUCAAGGGAAUCUUAGAAAUUUGUCCCCCGCUUGGCGUCAACUUUGCAGUCGAUUGUACUGGUGUUCCGACCAUCAUCGAAACUAUGGUUGCAGCGUUGGGUAUGAGAGGAAGGGGCGCAACUGUUGGUGCGCCUGGGGGGAGAGCGAAGGCUAAGAUUGAUAUUAUGGGACAUCUCACAUAUGGGAAAGAGUAUGUGGGAUGUUCUGAGGGUGACAGCAAUCCGCCAGUUUUGAUCCCUGAACUCAUACGCAUGCACUCGCGAGGUGCUUUACCUUUGGAAAAACUGAUUAAGUAUUACGACAUUCAUGACUACGAGAACGCUAUGAAGGAUAUGGAGAGUGGAAAGGUAAUCAAGCCUGUAUUGUUAUGGAAAUAG